UAGCUUUGAAAGCCCUGCUGUGGCCAGGGCUGCCUGGAGGCAUGCAUCUGAUAUUAAUGAAGUGUUGCUCUGCUUUGACAAGUUUACAGGCGUCUCUCUUCUGAGCCAGCUGACGUAAUUCAAAGUAGGAAAAGACCCUCCCACUUGGCAUUUGUUCACUGGCUGUGAUGGGCUCCUCUGCCUCGCUUGAAGUGGUCCCGGAAUCAGAGAAAGCUCUUGACAUCUGAAGAACUUUAGAAAGUCACGAAGUCAUACUGACUAAGGAUACACAUCUCAAACCAGCAGGGAAAACUGUAGCGUGUGGUAUUUUCCUCAUCAGCACAGCGAGACUCAGCCACCUUUAGCUGGUACCUGGUUCUUGCGCCUGUCGACUAUUUCUCCGAAGUUCUGCUCACUUUUGGAACUGGUCUGGAAUGCUUGACAGGCACCUUGUGUCUUCUCAAACUCAAUGCAGUAUUCCUGGGGGUUCGGCAGACUCCUACACCAGCCGUCCAUCCGAUUCAGAUGUGUCUUUGGAAGAGGACCGGGAGGCGGUGCGUAGAGAAGCUGAGCGGCAGGCCCAGGCACAGUUGGAGAAAGCAAAGACAAAACCUGUUGCAUUUGCAGUUCGGACCAACGUCAGGUACAGCGCAGCCCAGGAGGAUGACGUCCCGGUGCCAGGCAUGGCCAUCUCCUUCGAGGCAAAGGAUUUUCUGCAUGUUAAGGAAAAAUUUAAUAAUGACUGGUGGAUAGGACGAUUGGUCAAAGAAGGCUGUGAAAUCGGAUUCAUUCCAAGCCCGGUCAAACUAGAAAACAUGAGGCUUCAGCAUGAACAGAGAGCCAAGCAAGGGAAAUUCUACUCCAGUAAAUCAGGAGGAAAUUCUUCAUCCAGUCUGGGUGACAUAGUACCUAGUUCCAGGAAAUCGACACCGCCAUCAUCUGCUGUAGACAUAGAUGCUACUGGCUUAGAUGCAGAAGAGAAUGAUAUUCCAGCAAACCACCGCUCCCCUAAGCCCAGUGCAAACAGUGUAACGUCACCCCACUCCAAAGAGAAAAGAAUGCCCUUCUUUAAGAAGACAGAACACACUCCUCCUUAUGAUGUGGUACCUUCCAUGCGACCAGUGGUCCUCGUGGGCCCUUCUCUGAAGGGCUAUGAGGUCACAGAUAUGAUGCAAAAAGCACUGUUUGAUUUUUUAAAACACAGAUUCGAAGGGCGGAUAUCCAUCACAAGAGUCACUGCUGACAUCUCCCUUGCCAAACGUUCAGUAUUAAACAAUCCCAGUAAGCAUGCAAUCAUAGAAAGAUCCAACACAAGGUCAAGCUUAGCUGAAGUUCAGAGUGAAAUUGAAAGGAUUUUUGAACUUGCAAGAACACUACAAUUGGUAGUCCUUGAUGCAGAUACGAUUAAUCACCCAGCUCAACUCAGUAAGACCUCUUUGGCCCCUAUUAUAGUGUAUGUAAAGAUUUCUUCUCCUAAGGUUUUACAAAGGUUAAUAAAAUCUCGAGGGAAAUCGCAAGCAAAACACCUCAAUGUCCAGAUGGUAGCAGCUGAUAAACUGGCUCAGUGUCCUCCGCAGGAGUCAUUUGAUGUGAUCUUGGAUGAGAACCAGCUUGAGGAUGCUUGCGAGCAUCUCGCCGACUAUCUGGAGGCCUACUGGAAGGCCACCCACCCACCCAGCAGUAACCUCCCUAACCCUCUCCUUAGCCGAACGCUAGCCACUUCAGCUUUACCCAUGAGCCCCACCCUAGCCUCUAAUUCACAGGGUUCUCAAGGUGAUCAGAGGGCUGAUCGCUCUGCUCCCAGGUCUGCUUCCCAAGCUGAAGAAGAACCUUGUCUGGAACCAGUCAAGAAAUCCCAGCAUCGUUCUUCCUCCUCAGCCACACACCAAAACCACCGCAGUGGGACGGGUCGCGGCCUCUCUAGGCAAGAGACAUUUGACUCUGAAACCCAGGAGAGCCGAGACUCUGCCUAUGUGGAGCCAAAGGAAGAUUAUUCCUACGAACACGUGGACCACUAUGCCCCACACCGCGAACAUAACCACAGAGACGAGACCCACAGCAGCAAUGGCCACAGACACAGAGAGUCUCGUCACCGCUCUAGGGACACGGGUCGAGAGCAGGACCACAACGAGUGCAACAAGCAACGGAGCCGGCAUAAAUCUAAGGACCGCUACUGCGACAAGGAAGCGGAAGUGAUAUCCAAGAGGAGGAACGAGGCUGGCGAGUGGAACAGGGACGUCUACAUCCGCCAAUGACCGUGUGUGUCCCUGCCCCCAGAUUUUGUGUAACAUCAUCCUUAAGCAAAAUCUCUGGGGGCUACACUGCAACCAUCUGUGACCUGUCCUGUAUAUUGUAUCGCUGUUGCUUCAGUAGCAACAGCAUGCAACCAAAUAUUAAUAUACAUUCUUUUGAAAGUACCACAUAAAUUGGCCUAGUACAGCUACAGUCCUCCAUCUUUAUCCGGGACUCUCCAAAUACGGUUUGGGGCAGCUGCCACUUAACAAGAGUGGCUUCAGAAAUGCAGUUAAUGUAUCCAGUGAGCCAGAUGCAGCACAGAUAACGAGUGGAAUUUCUCCAGAUUUUUAAUACCCAGAUACCUGACCCGUCAUUCUUUCAUGGACCACUGUUUCUUGCUUGUACCUCUGGCUGACUAAAUUUGGGGACAGAUUCAGUCUUGCCUUACACAAAGGGGAUUAUAAAGUUAGAAUCUAUUUUCUAUGUACUAGUACUGUGUACUGUAUAGACAGUUUGUAAAUGUUAUUUCUGCAAACACCUUAUUAUAAUUAUAUAAUAUAUAUAUAUAUAUCAGUUUGAUCACAAUAUUUUAGGGUAUUAAUGCCAAGUCAGCAGAUUUGCUUUAUGAAUCACAGGGACUAGAAAUGGCCACAUUCAGGAAAUUUCUAAUAACAUUGUCUAGACUCCUCUCCCCAUUCUAUAAGCGAUCCUGUACAUAUUGUAAAUAAGUGUGACUGUUUGACUUGAGGUUUGAUUUCUGAAUGUUAGCCCAUCCGUUUAAGUUUUUAAUUUUAACCAUAAAUUAUGGUAAUUAUAACCAAACUCCAGAGGAUUUUCUACUCCAUACAGUCCACACUGAGUGUGACAAACACGUUUUUAGCAGCUAGUGUCUGUGAUAGUCACUGCACUGGAGUAGCCAAGCCGAACCCGCCGUGUGCACGCGUGUGAGUGUGUGAGCGACUGGAGAAGUGGAAUGCAAUCGAUCGACGCAGAGACUAGAGGCUGCCGGCCGAGUCCUGCCCGCCUGGCUUAGGAUUUCAUUAUAAGCAGCCAGGGAAUGUGAAGAAGCUUGCUGCCAAAGGUAACUAGGGAAGCACUUAUCUGCUGACUUCUUGCUGUAGCUCCUGAAAGAGAAAACACGGGCAUCUUGGACUGUGCGUGUUCCACUGGAAAUGUACAACCUUGUGUGUCAGAGUAUUUUGUUUUAGUAAGAAAUGUUUACACAGCUUGUGCAAUUAUUUCGUAGGGAAAUAAAUUUUUAUAACGUAUCCCAGUUCACUUUC